UUCCUCCCCUUCCUUCCAUCCACAUCUCCCCCCCCCCUCGCGCCCGGCUGCUGACGCCGGCUCCGCUGACCGUCUCCCCCUCCACCCGCGCCCAGGCGCAGAGCGCGCGCGGCGGCCCGCGCGAUCCGUUCGGUGGGGUUCCCCUCCGCCCACCUGCGCCAUGUCGGCGAGGGCCUUCGGGGUCCUGCUCUUCCUCCCCCUCCUCGCCGCCGCCGCCAGCGAGGGGGCCUGCCCGAAGCCGCCCGCCGCCGCCGCCAUCCUGCCCCGGGCGUCGGGCUCGUGCCCCACGGCCGACUCGCCGGGGCUCUGGGUCCACCACGUGGGCGUCGUCGAGGGAGAUGAUGGCGUUCUGCAGAGGGCAGUGACUCUUGUGCUGCAGAACAGGGAAGAUUUUGUUGCUAUUCUUUUUCAUGCUUCGUGGUGCCCUUUCUCGAAGAUCUUCAGGACUGAUUUUCAAAAGCUAUCAUCCUUUUUUCCUAAAAUUGCUCACUUUUCUUUUGAAGAAUCACGUAUUAAACCAAGAAUGUUAUCAAGAUAUGGAGUCCGUGCCUUUCCUACACUUUUCCUUGUGAACUCUACAGUGCGUGUACGGUAUCAUGGAUCUCGGACCAUGAGUUCUCUUGUUAUGUUCUACAACGAUGUUACAGGUAUAAAUCCUGUAUCAGUGGAUGCAAUAUCCCUGAAGGGAAUGCAAGACACGGUACAUAUAGUUGAAAAUGAGAGUGAGAGUGAGAAUGAGAAAAAUACAGAGCUGGAGGAUUCUCUGUUCUUAUGGGCAAGAUCACCUGACAGAUUACUUCAUGAGGAUACAUGUCUGGCAUUUGCUAGCGCUUUUGUGAUCUUGCGGUUAUUCUUUUUCCUGCUUCCCAAGCUCAAUGCAUGUGUGAAGCAAGCCUGGAGGAUGCGAUUUCAUGAACUGAAGAGGUUAUUUCCUAGCUUAUCUUGAGGAAACCAAUGUGGAACGGAAAUUUUAACUGACUAGGCAAGGCAUCAUACACAGAAGGGAGUGGUACAGGCAGCAAACUGAAAUCAUUUUGGGUUGGAUUCCUGUUUUCUGCUCAAGGGUAAUCCAAAUUGAUUGCCAAAACAGAUAAUUUGCAGCUCAGUGUAUCACUGGAUGUAAUGUGUAUUUCCACUCUUUGUUAUCGCUGCAUUUGUUGUUCAGGGAGUAAAAUUUACAGCGGCCUGCCUGCAGCUUACUGGGGUGAUGUCAGAUGAGUUGUGGAGUAACAGUAUUUUGCGUUUCAUCUGAGAUAAUGUACAGGCUUAAGAGAUGAGAUGAUUCUGUUUGCUAAUGCUGAUAUUCCUGUAAAGCUAGCGUCAACCACCUCCUUCGAAACUUACAAUGGAGUGUAAGAUUGUAAUUUGCUGACCUAUUAUUUUAGCUUGAGGAUAGGUAGGGCGCAGGAUUAGGUUUUGUGAUCUGAUAAAGCCAAUACAUCCCAUGGAAGCUACUUGUAUUUUUUCUUUUUGGAUGGCUGAUUGCUCUAGUACGGUUUACUGGAUUAUCAAUGGAAAUGUUGGCUAAUCUUUGGAUGGCUGAUUGUUCUAGUA